GUGGGGUGACUUAGGGGCUGAGCCUCAGCAACUGGGAGAGUUUAUAAGCUGGGAAAGCAGACCCCUCAGCACCACCAGUUCUCCUCAUCCCUCUGCUCUCUGGCUCCAGCCUCCCAGCAGCAUGGCUUUCACUGGCAAGUUCGAGAUGGAGAGUGAGAAGAAUUAUGAUGAGUUCAUGAAGCUCCUCGGGCUCUCCAGCGAUGUAAUCGAAAAGGCCCGCAACUUCAAGAUCGUCACGGAGGUGCAGCAGGAUGGGCAGGACUUCACUUGGUCCCACCACUACUCCGGAGGACACACCAUGACCAACAAGUUCACUGUUGGCAAGGAAAGCGACAUACAGACAAUGGGGGGCAAGAAGUUCAAGGCCACCGUGCAGAUGGAGGGUGGGAAGCUGGUGGUGAAUUUCCCCAACUAUCGCCAGACCUCAGAGAUCGUGGGUGACAAGCUGGUGGAGGUCUCCACCAUCGGAGGCGUGACCUAUGAGCGCGUGAGCAAGAGACUGGCCUAGGCAUCCAGGCCCGGCCCAGGGAGCUACAAAACCGCCAAUAAAACUGAUAUAAGGACA